UCACUCAGCUAAGGGUGGCAAGCUCAUAUUGGCAGGUUUGUUUGCAAAGAGGGGAGUCGCCCGUUAGUCCUACGCUGUGACUGCAAGCGAAAUCUCCUCACUUCUAGAUCUGUCUGCAUUUCUUCCAGUCCGGAAUAACUCCAGGUCUGAUUAGCCACAAUGGUGCAACAUCCAGAAUUUGACAAGGCUGGCCAGAAGGCUGGGCUUCAGGUUUGGCGUAUUGAAAAGAUGGAACUUGUUCCUGUCCCUGAGAAACUGUAUGGUGACUUUUUCACUGGAGAUGCCUAUAUAAUUCUGAACACCAUCAAACAGCGGUCUGGCAAUUUGCAGUACGACUUACACUUCUGGUUAGGUGAUUUCUGCUCCCAGGAUGAGAGUGGAGCAGCUGCCAUCUUCACUAUUCAGAUGGAUGACCACCUUGGGGGAAAGCCAAUUCAGUAUAGGGAAGUGCAAGGCCAUGAGUCCAAUGUGUUCCUUGGCUACUUCAAAUCUGGCAUCAAGUACAAGGAAGGUGGUGUGGCAUCUGGAUUUAAGCAUGUUGUUACAAACGAGGUGGUGGUUCAGAGACUACUGCAUGUAAAGGGACGGAGAGUUGUCCGUGCAACAGAAGUUCCAGUGAAUUGGGACAGUUUUAAUCAAGGCGAUUGCUUUAUUCUGGAUGUGGGCGAUGAGAUCUUCCAAUGGUGUGGAUCAAAGUCAAAUCGCUUUGAGCGACUGAAAGCUACCCAGGUUGCCAAAGGAAUCCGUGAUAAUGAGCGUAGUGGCCGGGCUAGGGUCUUUGUGUCUGAGGAAGGCAUGGAGCGUGAGAAGAUGAUUGAGGUACUGGGUCCCAAACCUGAUUUACCAGAAGGGGGCUCAGAUGAGGAUAUAAAAGCUGACGCUGCCAAUAGAAAAUUGGCUAAGCUUUACAAGGUGUCUAAUGCUCAUGGAGCAAUGAGCAUUGCACUUGUAGCAGCAGAGAAUCCUUUUACUCAGAGUACCCUGGAGAGUGGCGAUUGCUUCAUAUUGGACCAUGGCUCUGACAACAAGAUAUUCGUCUGGAAGGGGCAGCAAGCCAAUACUGAUGAGAGGAAAGCAGCACUUAAAGCAGCUGAAGAUUUUAUCACCAAAAUGGGUUAUCCCAAACACACUCAAAUUCAAGUGUUACCAGAGACUGGUGAAACGCCUCUGUUCAAGCAGUUCUUUAAGAAUUGGCGUGACUUGUACCAAACAGAAGGACUGGGUGUCGCCUAUGUUUCUGGUCACAUUGCCAAAAUUGAGAAAGUGCCAUUUGAUGCUGCCACGUUACACGACUCUCAUGCUAUGGCUGCUCAACAUGGUAUGGUUGAUGGAGGUGAUGGCGAGAAGAAGAUCUGGAGGGUUGAGAGCUCUGACAAAGUACCUGUAGAUCCUUCUACAUAUGGACAAUUUUAUGGUGGAGACUGCUAUAUCAUUCUAUAUAGCUACAAGCAUGGUGGCAGACAGGGCCAUAUCAUUUACAAUUGGCAGGGUGCAGACUCCUCCCAGGAUGAGAUUGGAGCUUCGGCCAUUCUCACUGCUCAGCUUGAUGAGGAAAUGGGUGGCGGACCUGUUCAGGUCGAAGGCUCUCGUUUUACUUCUCAGGUACGUGUGAUCCAGGGCAAAGAACCUGCACACCUGAUGAGCAUCUUUGGUGGAAAGCCAAUGGUGGUGUACAAGGGAGGCACAUCCCGUGAUGGAGGGCAGUCUCCCCCAGCGGAGAUCCGUCUUUUUCAAGUGCGAUCAAACUCUGCUGGCUUUACUCGUGCAGUAGAGGUGGAUGCCACUGCUUCCAACUUGAACUCCAAUGAUGCCUUUGUUCUUGUAACUCCGGAUGCCUCCUUUUCCUGGUAUGGGAAAGGUGCCAGUGAUGCAGAGAGAAAUGGUACCCAGCAGCUUCUGAGUAUUCUAGGAAUAUCUGCCUCUGAACUCUCUGAAGGUGGAGAGACUGAUCAGUUUUGGGCGGUGUUGGGUGGAAAAGCUAAAUACCGUACCUCCACAAGACUGAAGGACAAAAUGGACACCCAUCCUCCUCGCCUGUUUGCCUGCUCCAAUAAGACAGGCCGCUUCAUAAUUGAAGAGGUGCCUGGGGAGAUGACACAAGAUGACUUGGCAACAGAUGAUGUAAUGAUUCUUGAUACUUGGGAACAAGUAUUUGUGUGGAUUGGAAAUGAAGCCCAGGAAGAAGAGAAGAAAGAGGCCAUGGCAUCAGCUGUGCGUUACAUUGAGACUCACCCAGCCAACAGAGAUCCCCGUACGCCAGUUGUGAAGAUACAGCAAGGUUUCGAGCCACCAACAUUUACUGGAUGGUUCCUCGGAUGGGACUAUGACUACUGGACAGUUGAUCCCCUGGAGAGAGCUGUAGCCGACCUGCACAUGUAAUUUUUCUGGACCCCAAAUGGCUAUUGCCUUUUUUUUUUUUUCUUUCUUCCCCCUUGUCACCCAGCUGCCUUACCCUGGUGCUUCGAUUUGAACCCUGCCAAGACCAUUUUGAGGAAUGUGGUACAGAUUUAAAUUAUUUCCACAGCAGUGUUUCACAGGAUAAGGGCGGGCAUCUCUGUUAAUCCCAAAAAUCCAUUUGAAGAUCUGAAAAAUAGACUUUUUUGUGAUUCUUUUUAGAUUGUGCUGAUUUAAAUUUGUGCCUAAUCGGUGAGUGGGGGGUACAUCUCCAAACAGUGGCAUGUCUUAGCCAGCUACUUUCUAUGCACUUAGAACUAUUCUUUCUUAUGAAUUGUGGAAAAAUGUCCAACAAAGCACUGAACACUUCAGGUUUUUGAGACAUGGAGUAGGAGAACCAAGUCUUCCAAUUAAUAGGAAAGCCAUACAACUCAUUUUUCACGUAUGAUCUUUGAUCGACUUGUAAACUCUUUAAGCAGCAGAGAAGGUUAUCCUGCAAGACCACCUUUGUUUCACUGCUCAAGUUUGCACACUUCAGUUUUGCUAGUGAAGCUUGUUUAACCCAAUAAAAUAUUGUGCUGAAUUACA